AUGUCCGACGCCGAGAAGGGGCCGACGGCUAUAUUCCAAGUUGGGUCCAGCAACCAGGCACUGGGGAUAUCCGUGGUCACAUUCAUGUCGAUCGCAUUAUACAACGCCGUCGAGCUAGCAGUCCUGAUCCCGCUCAGUUUCCGCCGCUAUCGCAGCCUCUACUUCUGGGCACUCCUCACGUCCAGCACGGUGGGAGUAAUCCCGGCCACACUCGGGCCAACAUUCCAAUACUUCUCAAUGACGCCGCUAUGGUUAGCGGUGCUCCUAUCGAACCUCGGUUUCGUGAUGAUGGUCCCGAACCAGUCGAUCGUCCUCUACUCCCGCCUCCAUCUCGUCUCACAAAACCUGCGACUUCUGCGAUUUGUGCGGUGGCUGAUCAUCCUGAGCAUAUUCGCGAUCAUCAUCCCGACAGUAAUCCUAAACGUAGGCUCAAGCUACGUCCCAACCACAAGAUGGGUCCGAGGGUUUCAAGUCAUGGAACGAACCCAACUCACCUGGUUCUCGACGCAAGAAACACUCAUCUCAACGAUAUACAUCUACGACACAAUCCGGAUCAUCCGCCUCGGUCCCAGUGGCGACAAGCGGCGCCAUAAGAUAUUGUACGAGUUGCUGGCGGUGAAUGUGAUUGCGAUUGCGAUGGAUAUCGCUCUGGUGGCAUUGGAGUAUCUGGGUUUUUAUUUCACGCAGGUUAUUCUGAAGGCCAUGGUCUACAGUAUUAAGUUGAAGUUGGAGUUUGCGGUGUUGGGGAUGUUGGUUUCGCUUGUGAAUGCUCGCGGGUCGCAGCAGGUGAAUUGGCAGGCUGAGUGUACUUCGUCUGGGUAUUCAUGA